AUGUCUUUACCUCCGGCUCUCUUAGCUCGACUCCAGAAGAGAGGAAUUGUCAAGCAGGGUUUUAAAUAUUUUGAGAAGUAUAUUUAUCUUUUUUUUCAAUUUAGAAGAUGAAGUGUUCGCCGAAAGUUAUGACGCAGACGGCGGUUCUAAACAGGUUUUGUUCCAUCUUUUUCUUUUUCUACGGUUUGAACUGUCUUUUAUAGUUUGAAGAAAAUCCAGCCGGAGCGCCAGGCUGUCCGAAUAAGUCUAAUCCAUUCCAUGUUUGUGUACAAUACUGCUACGAUCACUGGGAUGAAGGAACUCCCGAAUACAGGUACUUUUCAUGGCAAGCUUUGCAAAACAAGUUUUUCAGACUACCUGAAAGGUAUUUGAAGCAGAAGGCCAGAAUGUUGGCAAAAUUUCCUCUUCCGGAAAGUUGGGUGGAAGUUUACGAUGCUGGGCAUGCAAGAUAUUAUUAUUGGAAUCAAGAUACCGAUGAGGUACUUUUUUCUUGUGUAGAUGUUUAUUUGGAAAUUUGAGGUCUGUUGGUUAUCUCCCAAGCAUCCGCGAGCACUUAUAGGAGAGGCUGCUCCAAAGAUAUGUAAGAAAAUGUUUGAAAGCAUUUGCACUUUUGGUCCGAGAAGCGAGGUAUUCAUAUUCCGAACUUCAAGUUUGAAAAAAACUGUUUUUAGUACUCAUCGAACCGAGAAGACAGCCGCGAUAACGGCAAUCGACAAAGAAGCAGGGAUGAUGAUCGGGACAAAGAUCGAGAAUCUCGGCGACCUGACAAAAAUCGCCGACGAAAAGUUAGUAUUAAGUGAAUAUUGUUAACUUCACUGUUUUUUCAGAGAAGAGAUUCUGAUAACGAAGGAGAAAAUAGUGAAGGUGGAGAAGACGAGGAAAUGAACGACCGUGACAGGCUCAGUCAGUUUUUAUGCUUUUUUUUGUCGCUUUCCCAUUUUUGAAGUUCUUUUGUACUCCUUAACUGACUCUUUUCUACAAAAUGUUUUGGUUGAGUCAAUUAUCAAACAGGAUCGAACAUUUUUUGAAAAAAAUUAUUUCCAUUCUAAUCCUUCUUUUUUCAAAUUCUUUCUAUCUGUCAUAUAACGAAAUUAGACAACUGCUGGGCGUAGAUUAAAAAAAGAUCCUAGCAUACGCUUUUCUAUACUCAUGCGAACUUUUUCCAAUAAUAAUUUUCGAAGAAAACCAAUUCCAUUCUUCGCUGUGAACAGUGCAAUUAUUUUUUGUAGAGCGAGCUCGUAGAAAGGGCAUCGAUCCGAUGGAUCCAGCCGCUUACGGCGACGCUCCUGUGUAAGUUGAGCCUUUAUUUACUGGGAAAAAACGAUAAAUUCAGGGGAAAAUGGUCGGCCGGACUCUACGCCGACAAAAACACUGGCGUUGAUACGACCGCCAGUGGCCCUCUUUUCCAACAGCGACCGUACCCCGCACCUGGAGCCAUUCUUCGCAAGCAGAGGCCUCCCGAAUAA